AUCUUUUCUCCAAAAGAAUUGUUAUAGGUUGAAUGUUGUGUAUCAAAAUGAUUCUACGAACCGUAAUCCAGAAAGUUCUGGGUAGAAGACGUUAACUACCCAGCUAAAAUGGCCCUGAAGUGCAACAUCUGACCCUGUAAAUCCUCUCCAAACUCCAAGACCCGACAAGAUCCGUGAAUUGCAAAAAUCCUAGUUUUUAUAUAACGCCUCCACCCUACUCUACUUACUUCUCACGCGUUCUCUCUCUCUCUUCUCCUCGAGGGCGAUGAUCCUUCAGUUUCGACAACACCCCUCAACGUAAAAAACAGAGAUAGCGAUAUCAAACUGCCUACCUUUCUAACCAUCUCACGCUAAUUCCACGUUCAAUGAAGCUGGCGCAAAGACAGAGCGUGCGAACAGUGGACUUUAUCCCUCACUUCUAUUUCUCAAACCUCUUUGGUACCAACUCCAACCUUAUAUCUAGCCCAUACCAUAAGCAUCCCAAAUGGUAAUAACUUUGCAACCUUUUUCUCUUUCCUCAUUGUGUUACGUGUUGUUUCCGUAAGUGCCCAGAGAAUUGGAAUCGGAAUCGGAAAUUUUGGUUUGGUUGAGGCUUUACUGUUCUCCUUGGGGGAAGCUUUUCUCUCUCUCUCUCUCUCUCUCUCGGUGAAGAACCCAUUUGGUGAGGCCAAUUCAACGUCUCCUCGGUUGAUCUCGGUCCCGGUGUCCGACAUCUAGAUACCAUUUACGUGUCUCUAUUCUUGGAGAAAAUCAAACACUCAAACCGAAGUCGCUUUAUCAUUGCCAUUAUGAGAUGCAUUCCGGGGCUUAUGGUUCUGCCAAUGGGGAAAUUUUCAUUUGAAAUGGGUGAUAUUGGAUUCGAUGUUCUCGAAAACGUCACACCCAGAAGCUGGAUUUGAUUGAAAAUCGAGGUAAAGAUGCAAUCAAGGUGGAUGGCAUUGGAGGAAGGCAAGGACCCCUCCACUACAGUGAGAACAAAUCAGUUUAGGGCUUUCCCUUUGAAAGUCCUUCAAUUUUUCUUGAUAUUUUUGGUGCUGGGACUUGGCAUUUCAAUUGUUAGCAUGUAUAUGACUCGGUAUUUCAAAGUUCAGAUUGUUGCUCCCGUUGCAGAGUCCACUCUUAGGCCUUGCUUGGAUGAGCAAACUACUGUAGAGAGUUGGAUUAGACCUCCAUCAAAUCUGUUGCACACCAUGAAUGACACGCAUCUGUUGUGGCUGGCUUCAUCUGUUCCUCGGAUAAAGACUUAUCCAUUCAAGAGAGUUCCCAAGAUUGCGUUCAUGUUCUUGACGAAGGGACCAUUGCCAAUGUCACCCCUUUGGGAGCGGUUCUUUAAGGGGAACGAGGGGCUUUACUCAAUCUAUGUUCAUUCACUGCCAUCUUACAAUGCCAAUUUUACAACUUCAUCCGUUUUUUACAGGAGACAAAUCCCAAGUCUGGUGGCAGAGUGGGGAAGAAUGAGCAUGUGUGAUGCCGAGAGGAGACUCCUAGCUAAUGCAUUGCUUGAUAUAUCAAAUGAAUGGUUUGUCCUCCUCUCUGAGACUUGCAUUCCUCUCCACAACUUCAGCAUUAUUUAUCACUACAUAUCAAGAUCCAGGUACAGCUUUGUGGGUUCAAUUGAUGAACUCGGUCCCUAUGGGAGAGGGCGCUAUAAUCAAAACAUGACCCCUGAGGUCAACCUCACCGACUGGCGUAAAGGGUCUCAGUGGUUUGAAGUUAAUCGGGAACUUGCAGUGAAGAUAGUUGAAGACACCACUUACUACCCCAAAUUCAAAGAGUUCUGCCAACCAGCAUGUUAUGUGGAUGAGCACUACUUCCAGACAAUGCUGAGCAUCGAAACUCCACAUCUUUUGGCAAACAGGAGCCUUACUUAUGUGGACUGGUCAAGAGGUGGUGCUCACCCUGCUACAUUUGGGAAAGCUGAUAUCAACGAAGAUUUUUUCAAGAAGAUUUUUGAAAGUAAGACAUGCAUUUACAAUAACCAACCGUCUUCACUUUGUUUCCUUUUUGCAAGAAAGUUUUCUCCAAGUGCUUUGGAUCCUCUAUUGGGAUUAUCAUCCAAAGUUCUAGGCUUCUGAGAUGCAUGUUUGGAUAAAUGUUAGUUCGGGCGUGUAGGUCUAGCUAUGACUUAUGAGUAAAAUACACUUGGUCAAAUGUGAUUGAUCUCAUUUCACUCCCUCACAGGAUUUUGAAACAUCAACAUUUCACCAUUUAGAUGUAUAGAAAAAUUAGACGUACUAUUAUUAUCUUAGACGAGUUCAGGCAUAAGAAAUCUUACAUUUUAUUGAGUUGUCAGUUGACCAUAUGUGUGCGCGCGCAUGCCCGAGUGACUCUAGCGUUAUUAAAUUAAUCUUGCAACCUCCUUUCUGGUGGGAUGUUUUUCGUCUUUGCAAUAAAAUUAGGAAACUGUCUUGUAUUUGGUA